AUGAGUGAAUCAUGUGUGGAGACGCCUGAAGCACCAGCUUGGUUAUCUAAACUUGAGAGUCAAAGAGAAAAACUAAGUAAAGCUAGAUUAGGGCACGACUCCGGCGCCGGAGCGCCGUGUAACUCUUGUGGUUCAGCUUGUCCGGGACUGGAUCUACAUUUCUGGCGGAAAGUUUGCCGAGCAUGUCAUUGUAGUAAGGAUGUCCAUGAUGUUCAGGAUGAUGAUUUGUCGGGUUGGGCUCAGUUUGAACUGCUUGGUACUGCUAAACCUAAGGCUUCCCUACCUCUAAUAAAGAUUCGAGGUGUCACAGAUAAGCCUGUUAAACUAGACUGGGUGCCACCUAACGCUUCUACUGAAUUGGUAUCAGAAUACAUGUCGUGCUUGGGUCCGCUAGCUCCCGUGUCGGGUUCCGAUGCGGCUCGUAAACGGCGGGCGCAGCUUCGAACUCAGCUGCCACCCCACGAUGUUGCGCCAGCGGCCAGACAUCAUGCCUCUGACCAGGAGAAGUCUGAACAUACUGAAUACAUAACUCGUAUCAAGGACCAUGUGGUCGGUAUGGGCAACGUUGUCAGGGUGGGCCCCCUGCAGAGCGCCGAAAUUUGCUCAGUUGAAAACAGCAAAGUGCACACCGCACCAAAAUCAUACGCGUUGCCAUUAAAAAUAUCCAAUUUAUCGAGAGGCGUAAAAUAUAACAUCGUCCCUAAAAAUGCAUCUGAUAAAAAGCUCGUAUUAGAUUCGCAGGGUAAUGUAAUCAGUAGCACUGCUAACUUGCCAGAUUACAAAUCCAGCCCAAUACUUAGCCGCAUAGUUAAAGAUAAACUGCAUAUAAUGCGCAUUGAAUCAGAUAGAAUCAAGAGUGCUGUAGAGCACGGCCCUGUCUAUGACAAACUCUUGAAGAACCUUAAUGAUCUCAACAUGCCUGUCACAAAUGAUGUCUAUUUACAGCCAAUUAAAUUGUUCAGAGAUGAAUAUAACAAGAACCCUCAGUUUAAGGAAGAAGUUAACGAAUUCGCUAACAAGGCAUUGGGUGCUCAAAUGAUCCCCGAUUUAUUAGUUACAAAUAAUAAUGUUAUGGGCACAGCGAAGUUGCUCGAUAGCAGGCUACAAAAGGGAACAAUAUUCGCCCCAAACGGAGAGAUUUGGAGUUGGAAACAGGAGCCAACAACUCCUGAGCAUAGUGGUACCAUUCGCUCAACGAAGAUCAGUCCUCAAUAUUCCACUUCUAUGAAGCCUAUCAACCAAGUGGAGCCACAACAAACUGCGCCGUUGCGAGAAUAUCUCAGAACCCAUUCGGAAGAGGAUGUACCCCCGCCAUUGCCUAAUUAUAACACACAUCCUGGAAACGUGGCCACCUUCAAUGAUAACCUGCAUGACAUACCUGUACAAGUCGGAAAUUACACAGAACAACUUGAUCCCAUAAUGACUCAAUUCGCAGAUAUGUCCCUAAGUCCAGCUGAGGUGGAGUUCAAUAGAAAACUCUAUAAUGAAGGUGUUCCUUGCCAACGUUGUGAGAAGCCAAUGUUUGCUGGAGAAGUAGCAGUGAAAGCAGAAAGAGCAGGUCAAGAAGCAAUUUGGCACCCCCAAUGUUUCACUUGCUGCAAAUGUGGAGAACUGUUGGCUGACUUGGUAUACUUCUAUUAUAAGGGCGAGAUUUAUUGCGCUAGGGAUUUGGCGAACGUUCUAGAGAUACCGCGUUGCGCUGGAUGCGACGAGUUGAUAUUCACUAGACCCUACACUGCCGCUGAAGGUAGGGCGUUUCAUGUGCAGCACUUUUGCUGCUACCAUUGCGAUGCGCCACUAGGCGGGAAGAAAUAUGUGCCAGAUGAUAAAACAGGGUUGCCAAUUUGCCUGUCUUGCUAUGACCAGUUUUAUGCGGAGCGGUGUCGGGCGUGUGGCGGGGUUAUUGGCCCUGAGCAACAAGGAGUUUCGUGGGGCAAUAUGCAUUGGCACGCCAACUGUUUCAUAUGCUCGGGGAGAAUGUGCGGAAAGAGUUUGCUAAGUGGUCGCUUUGUUGUGAAGCAGGAAAUGCCUUUUUGUAGUGUACCUUGUGUACAGAGUAGAAUUAAGUAA